AUGUCCUCGACUCAGACGCAGACAAAGCAAGGGGAUGUCAUCCCGCUGGAGACGCUUGAAGUGGCCGACAAGAGUCUGCAAGACGACGGCCAUGGGACAACGACGACAACAACGGCCGCCCGAAUGAGUCGCAGCACGCAGCUCAAGAUCCUGAGCGCGGGCUUCUCUUUUUUUGUCGCCGGCAUCAACGAUGGCAGCAUUGGCGCCUUGUUUCCAUACAUUCUGCAAGACUACGGCAUCACGACGGCCAUUGCAUCAUCGGUGUAUGGCGCCAAUUUUGUGGGCUGGUUCGUCGCGGCCCUGUCCAACACGCAUCUGUGCCAGCACCUGUCGCUCGGCGCGAUGCUGCUGCUGGGCGCCGUCCUGCAGACGCUGGCGCACGCGCUGCGGCCCUGGCAUCCGCCGUUUGCGCUGUUUGCGGCGAGCUUCGUGCUGUCGAGCCUCGGCCAGGCGUACCAGGACACGCACGGCAACACCUUUGCGGCGGGCGUCCGGCCGGCGGCGCACCGCUGGCUGGCGCUGAUCCACGCCAGCUACGCGGCGGGCCUGUUUUGCGGCCCGUUCGCGUCGACGGCAGUGGCCUCGUCGGCAUCGUCGUCGGCGUCGCGGUGGAGCCUGUUCUACUACGUCCCGCUGGGGCUGGGCGUCCUCAACGUCGGCCUCGUGGCCUAUGCGUUCCGCGACGUGCUGUCCAUCAAGACGAGAAGCAAGUCCGCGGCAGCAGCAGACACAGCAGCAGCCGAUGCAUCGCCGGGAUCGGACCGCCGUGCCCUCGACUUGGUCCAGACGGCGCUGCGCAGCAAGAACGUCUGGCUGCUGAGCCUCUUCUUCUUCUUCUUUCUGGGCGCCGGCGUCACGGCCAGCGGCUGGAUGGUCGACUACCUCGUGGUCGUGCGGCACGGUGACAUUGCGCGCAUGGGCUUCGUCCAGGCCGGCUUCAGCGGCGGCAACCUGCUGGGCCGGCUGCUGCUGGCGGAGCCGACGCACCGCUUGGGGACGCGCCGCAUGAUUUGCAUCUACACGCUGCUGGCCAUUGGGCUGCAGCUGUUGUUCUGGCUUGUCCCCAACAUCAUCGUGGCGUCCAUCUCGGUCUGCCUCCUCGGCUUCGUCAUGGGGCCCUACUUUGCCACGGGCAUGUCCAUUGGGUCCCAGCUCUUUGCGCCCGAGAUUCACCCCACCGCGCUGGCCUUUGUCUUCGUCAUUGCCCAGAUCGGCGGCUGCCUCUUCCCCAUCAUCACGGGCCUCGUCGCAUCCCGCGUCGGCGUCCACGUCCUGCAGCCGAUGCUGUGUGCGCUGUUGGUGGCGACGGCCGUCAGCUGGCUGCUGGUCCCGCGGCCCAAGGAGAGCGGGCAUGCGCUGCACGAGGAGUAG